AUGAGAUGGCACCGAAUUGGUGUCCUUGGAAACAACCUGAAGUCCUGUUACUACUCCGCACCACAUCUCCAACCUACAAGACGAGAUUUUACUGUCCUCGCAAUUGAAUCAUCAGCAGACGACACAUGCGCAGCAAUUGUCGAUUCUUCAAGGAAAAUACAUUCCAAUGUAGUAAUUAAACAGCAUACUACACAUGAGAUCUAUGGAGGAAUUUAUCCAAUAAGUGCAAUUGGCUUGCACCAACGCAACAUGCCGUAUGCUGUUAGACGAGCCCUUGACGAUGCCAAACUGGACAUCGUGAAGGAUAUCGAUGGCAUUGCAUUUACCAGGGGUCCUGGUAUGCCCGGCUGUCUCAGUGUAGGGAUGAAUGCUGCAAAAUCAUUGGCAUCUGCAUUGCAAAAACCACUUGUCGGUGUGCAUCAUAUGCAAGCCCAUGCACUAACACCGCUGCUCUCUGAAUGGCCUCAUGAGCCACAGUUUCCUUUCCUGACGCUUCUAAUAUCUGGUGGACACACGUUACUUCUUCUCGCGAAGUCUGCUAAAUCCUUCGAACUCAUCGCGUCCACAAGAGAUGAAAGUAUAGGCCGAUCAUUUGAUAAGGUCUCCAAGCUUCUACAACUCAAGUGGACUGCACUUGGCCCUGGUGACGCUUUGGAGAAAUUCAGUGCUGAGGGUGAUGUAUCCCCACUUCCCAUCCCGGAAUUUCCUCGCCCUCUCAGAGGACAGUUGGAUUUCUCCUUCGCAGCAUUCCACUCGCAUGUCAACCUCUCUAUUGAGAAAGUAGGCGGCUACGACAAACUCGACAUCCCCACGAAAAGAGGCAUAGCACGAGCCUUUCAGACAGCCACAGUCUCUCAUCUCGAGGAGAAGGUUAUCCUGGCAUUGGAACAUUGCCGGGAUCGCAAUAUCAUUGUGAACGACAUUGUUGUCAGUGGCGGAGUGGCAAGUAAUCAGUAUCUUCGCGGACGGUUGCGACAGUGCUUACUCAAAUUGGAUGCUGAGGCUUCUUAUCGUCUGUCAUUCCCUCCCCCAUAUCUAUGUACAGACAACGCUGUCAUGAUCGGCUGGGCCUCCAUGCAUCGAUUUCUUGAUGGCGACGUGGACGAGUAUGGGAUUGAUCUUCGACCAAAGUGGAGUCUCGAAGACCUUUAG